UAUGCUGUGCCCUGUGCGUGAGCAGCUGCAGUGGCAGAGGCAGCAUCCAGAGGCAGCGCAGCAGUUCCACCCCAUUGCUUUACUUUUUGCUGCAUGACAUAGCCACUAUGCAGAAGAGAAAGUCUUCAGAGAAUACAGAGGGCAAAGAUGGCUCCAAAGUAACUAAACGGGAGCCCACAAGAUGGUCUCCCAGAUUGUCAGUAAAACCUCCUCCACCAAAACCUGCACCCAAACAAAGAAAAACAUCUGCUAAGAAAGAACCUGGAGCAAAGGUUAGCAGAGGUGCUAAAGGGAAGAAAGGAAAAGCAGGAAGCUGGAAAGGAAGGCACAGAAAACUGAAUCUGUAGUUAACUAGGGAGAAUAAAUUGUCAUGAAAAACUGGGGUUAAUUUUAUGUAUCUCUUGGGUCAACUUUUGAAAGCUGUUUUUACUAUUUUCUAAAUGCUAAUUUUUUAGGACUCUACUAGUUGGCAUGCAAAAAUAUGUAAGGAUCAACAUUUUACCCUCUCAUAAUCACGCUUUUUGGAAAUUUCCAUCAUCCUCAAGUAAAAUAAAUAUCAGUUGAAUAUUGGAAGCUGUGUGUAAGAUGGAUUCAGCAUUCCACGCACUUGCUUUAAAAUUUAGUCCUGUGUAUACUGUGGUGUUUUUGCUGUGCAUAUUUGAGUUUUUCAUGCAGUUUUUCUAGAGCAAUAAUCAGUGAUGCUUUUGUACCUAGGUUUUAUGUGAUUUUA